ACUAUGACGAAUGUGCUAACUAUGUAUAUGACGCCGAAAAUAGACCGAUUUGAUAUCACCCCUCAAUUAGAAUUAGCAAAAGCAAUGUCCCCUUGCAUAAUAUGGAUUCCAAACAUUCAUGAUCUGUAUGUGAAUGAGUCGAAUUACUUAUCCCUCGGUCUAUUAGUGAACUAUCUCUCCAGAGAUUGUGAAAGAUGUUCCACUAGAAAUAUUCUUGUUAUUGCUUCGACUCAUAUUCCCAAAAAAGUGGAUCCCGCUCUAAUAGCUCCGAAUAAAUUAAAUACAUGCAUUAAGAUACGAAGGCUUCUUAUUCCACAACAACGAAAGCACUUUUUCAUUCUUUCAUAUACUAGGGGAUUUCACUUGGAAAAGAAAAUGUUCCAUACUAACGGAUUCGGGUCCAUGACCAUGGGUUCCAAUGCACGAGAUCUUGUAGCACUUACCAAUGAGGCCCUAUCAAUUAGUAUUACACAGAAGAAAUCCAUUAUAGACACUAAUACAAUUAGAUCAGCUCUUCAUAGACAAACUUGGGAUUUGCGAUCCCAGGUAAGAUCGGUUCAGGAUCAUGGGAUCCUUUUCUAUCAGAUAGGAAGGGCUGUUGCACAAAAUGUACUUCUAAGUAAUUGCCCCAUAGAUCCUAUAUCUAUCUAUAUGAAGAAGAAAUCAUGUAAGGAAGGGGAUUCUUAUUUGUACAAAUGGUACUUCGAACUUGGAACGAGCAUGAAGAAAUUAACGAUACUUCUUUAUCUUUUGAGUUGUUCUGCCGGAUUGGUCGCUCAAGAUCUUUGGUCUCCACCCGGACCCGAUGAAAAAAAUUGGAUCCCUUCUUAUGGAUUCGUUGAGAAUGAUUCUGAUCUAGUUCAUGGCCUAUUAGAAUUAGAAGUAGAAGGCGCUCUGGUGGGAUCCUCACGGACAGAAAAAGAUUGCAGUCAGUUUGAUAAUGAUCGAGUGACAUUGCUUCUUCGGUCCGAACCAAGGAAUCAGUUAGAUAUGAUGCAAAAUGGAUCUUGUUCUAUCGUUGAUCAGAGAUUUCUAUAUGAAAAAUACGAAUCGGAGUUUGAAGAAGGGGAAGGAGAAGGAGCCCUCGACCCGCAACAGAUAGAGGAGGAUUUAUUCAAUCACAUAGUUUGGGCUCCUAGAAUAUGGCGCCCUUGUGGCAAUCUAUUUGAUUGUAUCGAAAGGACCAAUGAAUUGGGAUUUCCCUAUUGGGCCAGGUCAUUUCGGGGCAAGCGGAUCAUUUAUCAUAAAGAGGAUGAGCUUCAAGAGAAUGAUUCGGAGUUCUUGCAGAGUGGAACCAUGCAGUACCAGACACGAGAUAGAUCUUCCAAAGAACAAGGCUUUUUUCGAAUAAGCCAAUUCGUUUGGGACCCUGCAGAUCCAUUCUUUUUCCUAUUCAAAGAUCAGCCCUUUGUCUCUGUGUUUUCACGUCGAGAAUUCUUUGCAGAUGAAGAGAUGUCAAAGGGGCUUAUUACUUCCCAAACAAAUCCUCCCACAUCUAUAUAUAAACGCUGGUUCAUCAAGAAUACGCAAGAAAAGCACUUCGAAUUGUUGAUUCAUCGCCAGAGAUGGCUUAGAACCAAUAGUUCAUUAUCUAAUGGAUCUUUCCGUUCUAAUACUCCAUCCGAGAGUUAUCAGUAUUUAUCAAAUCUGUUCCUAUCUAACGGAACGCUAUUGGAUCAAAUGACAAAGGCAUUGUUGAGAAAGAGAUGGCUUUUCCCGGAUGAAAUGAAACAUUUGAUUCAUGUAACAGGAGAAAGAUUUCCCAUUCCUUAGCCGGAAAGAUAUGUGGCCAUGAAAGAGGGAUUAAGUGGAACAGAAUUGACCGGGUGGCAGAGUCGUGGAAACACUUGUUUAUUCCAUAUUUUGGACCUUAGCUCCAUGGGACAAUAUGCUACUGCUGAAACAUGGAAGAAUUGAAAUCUUAGAUCAAAACACUAUGUAUGGAUGGUAUGAACUGCCUAAACAAGAAUUCUUGAACGGCGAACAACCAGAGCCUCUUACUCACUACAUCAAACAAUUUCCAUUAAUGAAACAUGUAAAUCCAUUGGAAAAUAAAAAAGACGCAUGUCCGAUGAAAUGGUUGUUGCUAUCUGCUCCAAUAACGAAUCAUUGGUUUAACUGAAUAACUAAAUAAAAUAGAUAGACCUUUCUCUUCGUCUCAGGUCGAUGGAUCUUCUCAAUUGGAAGAUCUCCUAUAUGGAGAAUACACAUUCCAGUUGACCGAGCUUAAUUCUAAUUAUUUUGUUCCGAAGCAAAGAUACCCACGGGGGCCGGUUCGUCCUAUUCAGAUAUUCACGACCAAGAGGUACUGGAUUCUCUUUCGGAUAGGCCCUGAAAGGAGAA